AUGGAUGAAUUAGAAAAGAAAUAUUAAGAUUAGAUUAAUACUUUACAGAAGGCUAUUAAGACAUAGAAUGAAGUGCUCAUCAACAAGAUUCAAACCAUCAUCAACUAAUCAACCCUGGAUGUGUUCCAAACACUCGAUAGAAACUUUGAAGAGUUCAGAUUAAAUUAUAGAGAAAUUAGAGACUUCAAAUAAUAGGACUAACAAUUCAUAAAUUAUGAGUAUUUAUGGGAUGAGAUUCAAAACUACGGCAACUAAAAUUUGAGAACACUGAGAGAAUAAAUUUCAAAUUCUAUUGGUGGCUUACAAGAGAAUAAACUAGCUACAAAUGCCGAUUAAUAAGUGUCCUCAUUAUUAGAUGUGAUGUAGCUAUUAUUGAAGGCAGCAGAAUUGUACAUGAAAAAUUUAAGGGAAGCCGUGUCUUUACCUAAUCCAAUUUCUUUAAAAGAUAAAUUCAAAUAAUCUCAAUAAGUAGUUGGAGGUUUUAAAGAUGGAAGAAUAGGUAGAUUUGCUAAUACUGUUGAAAGUAUCGCAUUUAAAGAGUGCUAAAUACUUAAUUGCAGUCAAAUAUUCGACAUCUUUCCUUUAUUGAAUAAAGAUCAAAUGCUAAUUGCAACAUAUGAGAAUGAAUUAUUCCUGUAUGAUGCAAAUUUGAAUUCAUUGAUACAAAGAAUAGAUUCCAUGAGAUUCGUACCAUGUUCCUGUUUGCAAUUAUACAAAUAGAAAGAAAAGGAGCUGAUACCUUCUAAUUUAAUGUUGUUGGGAGGAAGUGAAUUCGAUCCAAAUAUAUAUUUGUUUGAUUUAUAUAAUGGAAAAAAGAUAUAAACAUUUCCAGGACAUGAGAAAAGUGUGAGGUUUUUAUGUUAAUUGGGAGAUAUCAAUACAUUUGUAAGUUUAGGAAGAGAUUCAAAAAUGUUCUUUUGGAAUUUAAUUAAGGGAGAACCUCAUUAGAUACUGCCCAUUCCAACUAUUGAAAUUAUUGAGAUGCAAUUUCAGGUUUCGACUAAAUGCAUUUAUACGCUAAGCAUAGAUGGUAGAAUCUGUAUCAUUAAAAUAUUUGACGAUUUACAGACUUUUGGUAAGGCAGAGAUAGUUAAUUUGAUCGAAUUAGCACAGACAUCAAGUCUAUCGUAGAUGAUAAUUGAAGAGAGAUUGAGGGUGAUAUCUUUUAGUAAUGGGUGGUUGACAGGGUAGAAUUCAAUUAGAAUAUAUGAUGAGAUUCCUUUAUAGACAGCUAGAAAGAUGAAGAAAAUAAUGGAAAUAGGAUUGGAGAGUGAAAUUUCAUAAUUGAAUACCAUCCUUACAAAGGAUUAAUUGAUUGUGAUCAGUAUUGAUAAGGAGUCUGAGUAUCAGUUCAAAUGGUUUACAAGAUGUUUAAGAUGA